UCCACAGUCCGAAUCCGAAACCCCAAUAAACAUACCAACUAUUUUACCUCGUUGAUGUUGGGCAACUAGCAAGGGUUUUACAACUUCUGUCUUUCUCAAGAAAAAAUCAAACUUCGUUUCGAAUUUUCUCUAUACCCAAACAAAUGCCGUCUGAGGACGCAAAGGCCGCGAAGGUAAAGGAAGAAGGGAAAGCGGAAACAGAUGCAGAAGACAAGAGCUUGAGUUCCAUUCUCCAAGCGCGGAAGAAGAACCCAACAAAUGCUGGUACUUUAAUCACCAAACCACGCCCCAAAGAUGGAAAAGUCAAGAAAGAGGAGCCACAAUUUGCUGAAGAUUCAAUUAAGGUUAAAAGCUCUUCUGGGUCCCGCCCCAAGCCAGCUAAAGUAAAGAAAGAAGAUGAGAAUGGCGAUGAUAGUGAUCGUAAACCCACUUCGAAGGAUAACUCUGCUGCCAAGGUUGAUAAGGAAUUGAUCAAGAAGAAGAAGAAAAAUGAGGAAGAGAAGAAGAAGGGAUCUGUAUUGCCAGAGCGAAAUGGCAAGAAAAGGGAGAAGAAGGUGUAUGAUUUGCCAGGCCAGAAGAGAGACCCUCCUGAAGAGAGAGACCCAAUUAGGAUUUUUUAUGAAUCACUGUACAAGCAGCUUCCCAAAAGUGAGAUGGCCCAAAUCUGGAUGAUGGAAUCUGGUUUGCUUUCCAAAGAAGAGGCAAAGAAAGUUUAUGAGAUGAAACAGAAGAAGAAUCAAAAUAAGCUGAGUUCCCCAAUCAAAGCAGUUACCACCGCGAAGAAGUCUCAGUCUGCAACUGUUAAGAGAACGACAGCUCCAUCCCCAAUCUCUUCAAUAAAAAAGAAGGCAACAGACUCCAAGCCAGAACUGAAGCAGCCCAAGAAGCGCAAGGUUGUAGAUGGAAGCUCCAAUGAAGAUUCUGACGAUGAUUUUAUAGUCAAUAGAAGCAUAAAGAAACAGAGAGCAUCUUAACUCUCUUCAAAGCUCUUUACUUUCAUUGAUUGGCUAAAUUAAUUUGUUUCAAAAAUAUUAACAAUACAUUAUUAAAAGCAGAAGUUAUGAAUUUAGAAAGUAGUCAUUCGUACUGGCUGA